UUUAUAUAUUGUUAUAGUCCUCAACUUUUUUGAACAUAAACUUUUAUUUUAGAUUCAAAGUCCUGGAGAUAUUAUCAUUAUGCAUAGGCUUGUGAUAAAACAAUAUAAUGGUCGAAACCAAGGCUGCGGUUAUGGUGCAACAGGUUUCAGUGCAGCUGUAUUUUCAGGUGUUCAUUUGGAUCCAUUGACUCCUUUUAAAUCAAACACUCGAUGCACUUUUGGUGAUGAAGAGCUGAGAGUGAUAGAACGCUUAAGAGAGUGGUAUAUCUCUCCUAACUGCCCAGUUGAAAGGGAAAAUAUACAAAUUUCAUCCGAACAAGGUGGUAAUGAAGUAUGCCGAACUAUUACAUCUGGAAUAAAAAGACUUGAUCUUCUGAAUGGAGAAGAAUAUUGCACAAUUGAAGGACAGAUUAUCAGUAUUUAUAAUUCUGUGGAAAUUGAUAAUCGUAUUGUUCUAUAUAUAUGGGAUGGACCACAAUCUAAUAAUAAACAGAAUACUGUUUUUAUUGGUCUUUCUCAAGACCAUUUACUUCAAUUACUUCCUUAUUCUCAGCAUGAUCCUCAACUUGCUGCCUUAACAGGACACAAUUUACAACAAUGGAAUGAAAAUAUAGUGAAGAAUUAUGAAACAUAUAUCGAAGAAGAUUUAGAUAAAGUAUUGAAGUCAAAUUUUUCGUCUAAUUCAAUGGAAACUUUUCGUGAUUGGUCUGUCCCAAUUUCCAUCUAUGAUGAAUACGCUAUUAGUGAACCGAUUGUCAACAUUAAACCUGGUGAUUUGAUACGUAUUCAUAAUGUGCAUGUUAGUUGUAGUCGACAGAAAAAUGAUCAAUCUUGCGGCUUGCAAUUAAGAUUACAUGGUAACGGUCAUAAAUUUGGACGUGGAAUAAAACAUUUAGGUAAUAAAUGUUUACUAAUGAAUUAUUUGAACGAUACAUUAUUCACUUCGGGAGACGAUGCAAACAUAUUAGACGAAGCAAAUAGAUAUGGUCUCUUAGACAAUUUAAAAAGUGGAAUAAAUUUAAGACCUCCACUACUUAAACCAAAAUGUGAACUUUUGCCGUACGAGCUACAGUAUCCCCUCACUAUCUCACAAAUACGCAAUAUUCCUGUAGUAGUUAACGAAAAGCAAAGACAACUCAGUGAUUGGGAUUUAUUAUUUCCUAUACAAACAGAAUUUAUUCCACCUAUUCCUCCUGACAGUUGGCUAACCUGUACUGAUUUGCUACUCAGCUCAUCAGAUCUCAAUGUUGUUUACACCCGAUUAUGUGCUCGAGUAGUUGAUAUUGCUCCACUGGAUGUUAAAACGUUAAAAGAUUGCUUACUAUUAACAUGUAGUAAUUGUUCCUUUUCAAUCAGGGGUUCCAGUAUCUCUGAUAAUGAUGAAGCACUUUGCGAGUGUGGUUCUUGCUUAUCUAUUCUUCCUUUAUUCUUCCUUCAUUUAGAAGAUCCAUCCGGUAACUUAAUUUUAACUGUCACAGGUCAUAAUGCCAUUGGCUUAAUUAAUAGUUUAGUUGAUGAUGAUCUUAGACCAUGUAUCAAUAAUGAUGCAUGGUGGACGGGACUAAUAUUCGAGAUGAAAGAAUUACAGAAUAUUGGUAUAUCACCAGAUAAAAUAGUUCUUGAACAAUGUCGUCGAUUAUUGGGUCAGUGGAUUGAUGUUGCAGUUAAAAUAAGUUGGUCAAGGAAAUCCAUUCCAGGUAAUACAAACACCGAAAAUGACAAUGAUCUCCAGUUUCAUAUUAAUGAUUGGAAUUUUGUGUAG